UUCCAUCUCUUCUCUCUCUCUCUCUCUCUCUUCUUUGGAUCAUACCCAGAACGAUUUGAACAGUUGACGAUCUUGUUCUGUGUUCUUGGUUUUGUGUCUCUUAAAUGGCACCCACGCCCUCCUCCUCCAAAUCGAAUCAGUCCCACACAAGCUUAAAAACCCCUCAAUCCAAGCACCGCCUCCACUUCCAUGGACCCAGAUCCGGCCACCCGUCUCCGAACCCUAGCUCGGCCUUCAAGGAAACUCAGGCGGGUGAGCACCCGGUCGAAGUCGUGGGCCGAAUCCGCGACUGCCCGGAUCGCAAGGAGAAACCCGCUUCCGUCCUGCAGAUCAACCCGGACAAGCAUACCGUCCGCGUCCGCGCGGAGUUCGGGUACCGCGACUUCAGCCUCGACGGGGUCUCUCUGUCCGAGGAGGAAGAUCUCGACUCGUUCUACAAGAAGUUCGUGGAGUCGAGGAUCAACGGGGUGAAGUUGGGGGCGAAAUGUACGAUUAUGAUGUACGGGCCUACAGGGUCGGGUAAGAGCCACACGAUGUUCGGGUGCUCGAAGCAGCCGGGGAUCGUGUACCGGUCAUUGAAGGACAUUUUGGGAGAGGAUGGGGAGGAAGACAGGGCGAAUGGAGGGCGAUUGGGGGUUGGUACUUUCGUGCAAGUCACUGUUUUGGAGAUCUACAACGAGGAGAUUUAUGAUCUGUUGUCGAGCAACGGAGGAGGGUUCGGGCUCGGAUGGCCCAAAGGUGGUUCGUCAAAGGUAAGACUCGAAGUGAUGGGGAAAAAGGCGAAAAAUGCAGCAUUUAUCUCGGGUAAUGAAGCUGGGAAGAUUUCAAAGGAGAUUCAGAAAGUGGAGAAGCGGAGGAUUGUUAAGAGCACGCUCUGCAAUGACAGAAGUUCUCGAAGCCACUGCAUGAUUAUUUUGGAUGUGCCUACUGUUGGGGGACGGCUAAUGCUUGUUGAUAUGGCGGGUUCUGAAAACAUUGAGCAAGCUGGCCAAGUUGGAUUUGAGGCCAAAAUGCAGACUGCAAAGAUCAACCAAGGAAAUGUAGCACUGAAGAGAGUGGUUGAAUCUAUUGCUAAUGGUGAUUCGCAUGUGCCCUUUAGAGACAGCAAAUUAACAAUGCUUCUGCAGGAUUCUUUUGAGGAUGACAAAUCGAAGAUUCUUAUGAUACUAUGUGCAAGCCCAGACCCAAAGGAGAUACACAAGACAAUUUCCACGUUGGAGUAUGGAGCGAAAGCAAAAUGUAUUGUUCGAGGCCCGCAUACCCCAGUCAAGGACAAAUUUGGAGCUGAAGAUUCUUCGGCUGCAGAAAUGUUGGGCUCGAGGAUCGCAGCAAUGGACCAGUUCAUCUGCAAGCUACAAAUGGAGAACAAGCUCCGGGAAAAAGAGCGCAAUGAAGCACACAAAGAGCUCCUCAAGAAGGAACACGAGGUCGCAUCUCUGAGAACGAAACUCCAGCUAGUGGAAGGGAAAGUAUCUGGCGCGAGCGAGGAGGAGAUCAACAUGAAGGUGAAUGAGCGGAUACAUCUUCUCAAAACCGAGCUGGAAAAGAAAUUAGCUGAAUGUCAGAGAAUGGCUGAUGAGUUUGUAGAAUUGGAGAGGAGGAGAAUGGAGGAGAAGGUACUGCAGCAGCAAGAGGAAGUUGAAAUGCUGAGAAGACGGUUAGAGGAAAUAGAGUCUCAGCUGAGGAAUGGAAAUGGCAAUAACAACGGGCCUAUGGAUGGCGAAUGGAGUGGCUUUGCUAAGAGGUUGCUGGGAACGUCUGCGGAUGAGGACCCUGGAAUGGUGAAAUCGAUGGAUUUGGACAUGGGUGAUCAAGACUGUUGUUAUGCACGUGAAGUGAAAUAUGUGGACAACGCAGUCAACUGGUUUGACAGAAGCAGUAACAUCUCGAACCUUCCCAAUUAUUCAAAUACAAGCACUUCAAAUGAGGUAGCCGCAUACGAUGUUUAUGGGCCAAUGUUCAGCGAUAAAGUCUGCUUGAGCACAGUUUUUGAGGAAGAAGAAGAAGCCGAAGAGGAAGAGGGACAUAAAGAGACUUUGGAUGAAGAAGUAGAGAAAGAAGUGAUUGAGGAAAAGAGGGUGUGCUCUAUAACUUUUCCCCAAGAACCUUCUAGUGAUACAGUGGAACCAUUGAAUGAGAAAGAUGUGGCCACUUCGAGACGGUUAAGGAUCCAAAAUAUAUUCACACUGUGUGGGAACUAUAGGGAGCUUUCCCAACACAUUGGAGCACCACUAACAGAGAAAAGAGGGCCAGAGAAUGUUGAUCCCCUAACAACUCCUGUCAUGAUGGUUAAAGAAGACCUGCUUGGGAAGACUCUUACCAAAGAGAUUUUGAAGAAUACAUAUGAGUCUGCAGUUGGCAAUCAAAUCUUCACGGAGGUGAACUCAAAAUCCAUAUCACAAACCAAAAGUCCAGUGCUUUCGACCGAGACAAAAGAGACGAAAGCGCCAGAACUCCAGGUGACCAAAAACCAGGCACCUAAUGACCUAGCAUUGGAGUUAAAGGAGAAUUGUGAUCCUUAUAGUGAUGGAUCUGAUGAACAAAUAGAGGUAUGUGUGAAGUGGGAAGCAUCGAAGGAAAAUGCUGGGAACAUUAUCACCACGCUUAAGCUUGUGAAGGAAGCUACCCUGGCAGAUUUAAGGAAGCUCAUAGAGAUUUAUCUUGGAGCUGAUAAGCAGGCUUUCACUUUCCUUGUGCUGGGGGUGGUGAGUCUAAUCUUCAAUAUCACCAAGACUCUGGCCCUGAAAGCUAAUAGAUAUGCUUCCGUGGAGUACAUCAAAGGAAUCCACUGUCCCCCCGCGCUCCAUGGCAUCCCUCAGACUCAGGACUCGGCUAGGAUGACAGUAAAUGUCCACAUCUUAUCGGCUAAGAAAAACUUGCCGGUUGAAGCGAGGCUUCGGGAUACCAUCCAAGAUGUUAAAUUGAUCAUUCAAGCCAAGGAAGGGAUUGCGCCGGAUGAGUUUGAUCUGCUCUUCGCUGGACAGGUGCUUUCAGAGGACAGGAACCUCGCUUCCCUCGACUUGCUGCACGAAGAGCCCACAUUCCAUUUGGUUCCCCAUCCCAAAGAUCAUCUGUCGGUUAUUGUGGACAUGUCUGGUCGCAGAGUCACAUUAAGUGCUAAACUUUGGUACUCCGUGCGUGAUAUCAAAGGAAUAGUCGGAGCAAUGAUGUCUGCACAGGUCAUGAGUAUGCAUAUGGUCUAUCAGGGGAAGCAGCUUGAGGAUCACAAGAUCUUAGCUUGUUACGACAUUGCGGAUGGCUCUGUCUUACAAUUGGUAUCUCCCUCUGCUCCAUUUCAGACAUUUGUCAAGUGCGGGAAUUGUAAGACUGUUGGUCUUCAGGUUUCCAUGUCCGACACGGUCAAGGAAGUGGAGAACAAGCUUCUUCAUAAGCUGCAGGUGAGUGUGCCGGCAGCCAAAUUGCAUGACAUUGCUCGUGGGAGAAAGGCUUGCUGAUGACCGUGACCUGGUGAGCGAUGGCAUCGAGGAGAAUUCGACUCUCCUUGAGAUUAUCUCACCUCGUCGUAAAUGAAAUUCCUGGAAUUUGCAAGUAUCUGAGUGAACAGAAUCAUAGUUUUUGGCUUUUGAAUUAGAUGCAAUUUUGAACAGAAAGCUGGAAAUUAGUAUCUGAUAUUUAUUAUACCUGAUGUUAAUUUCCUUGGUAUGUCAUUAGUACAUCAUGCCUGAUGAAGGUCCAAUGUAUAUCUCUGAUUCCUUGCAUUGAAUAUCUGGACAUCGUAGAAUCUCAGCAGUACAUUAUUUUGCGGGUUAUUCUGUUU